AUGUCACAUGACCGCCGGUACCUGGAAGCUACACUGGAGCUGCUGCAGCCACCAGGAGCAGCCAGCUGUGAGAGCGUGCCAGACUACGGCCCCUGCAUGGGCGAUACGGGCGACUUCUGCCCCAGAGGAAUUGACUGCAGCUGUAAGGAUGAGCGGGCGUUCUGCAGCUGUCCAUACUAUAAAGGCCCAAACACGGAUUACUGGUACAUGGGCUCUAAGUGUGACUAUCUGUGGAGUACGUGGGACCUGGUGAUAAUCGCGGUGUUACCGGCCGUGGCUCUGGCCUUCAUUGUGGCUGUCAGCGCGCAAAUCAUUCACUGCUACAAAACAACAUCAAAGAGCAAGACGACGAAAGAGCCGGAAUCACAGUCAGAACGACAGGAAAUGAACUCCCACUACAAUCGAGCCUUUGUGUCCGAGGCACCGGCCCAUUCGCCAUUUGAGGAUAUUACCCCGAAUGAUCGCUUCACGCAAGUGCCAAGGAAAAUGCAAGUGGACCCAGGUAGAGUAAACCAUUUACAUCACUUCCCGUCCAAUCUAGAUUUAAGUGAAGAACAGGGUGACCGGUUCCUCCAGGAUAUUCAGAAACAGUCGGGUUCUGUUCUGUACUACGCUGCCAGAUACUUCACGGCUUCAUGA